UUUGCUGCUCUUCGCUUCCGGUCGCGGUGCCAUGGCCGCGCCGGGUAUCUCCAAAGCGCAGUACCUGCAGCGCUACCUCAGCGGCCCUCCCGCCGCUCAGCCCCGCCGCCGCCGCAAGAAGAAGCCGCCGAGCGGCUCCGGCAGAGCUGGGAUGCGGAUCGUAGAUGACGACGUGGGCUGGAGCAGCAUCGCCGCUGUGCCUGAGAAGGAAGAGGAGGAGGACGAAAGCGACGUGCCCGUGGUGGCAGAGUUUAUUGAUGAGCGUCCGAAUGAAGUGAAGCUCAUGGAGGAGUUCCGAACAAACACUAAAUGGAAGCUUUUAGGAGACCAGAAUGAAGACUCACAGAGCUCAGAUAUUUCAGCACCUGCCAAACCUACCACACGGCAACAACGUCACGACUCCCCAGAUUUGUCCCCUCCCAGACAAGAGAGAAAUGAUUCCCCCAAACUCUUACCUUGCAAGCAACGACAGGGUGACUCCCCAGACCUGUCACCUCCCAGGAGGAAACGCCACGACUCCCCAGACCUCUCACCUCCCAGGAGGAAACGCCACGACUCCCCAGACCUCUCACCUCCCAGGAGGAAACGCCACGACUCCCCAGACCUCUCACCUCCCAGGAGGAAGCGCCACGACUCCCCAGACCUCUCACCUCCCCGGAGGAAGCGCCACGACUCCCCAGACCCGUCCCCACCAAAACGGCAGCGCCACGACUCCCCAGAUCUCUCUCCUGAAAGACAGCAGGCUGCUCCAGAUCUGUCCCCUCAGUGUAAGAGGAGGUAUGAUUCUGACCCAGAUUCAUCACCGCCUCUGAGAAAGAGGGCUGGGUCACCAGGUCAGAAAAAGCCGAGUAGAACAAAAGAUGCUUCCCGCGUAGAAAAGCUCCGUCGUGACUCUGAUUCUCCACCUCCACGAAGGGGGACCCAAAAUGCCUCUGAGGCAGACCUUUCCCCCCAGCGGAAGAAUCACAGGGCUCUGCCUUCUGGAAAGGGUCAGCGUGGUUCAAGGAGUCCCCCUGAUCUCUCACGUCAUCGGUACCCUGAUGAUAAGGGAUCUCCCAAAAAGGCCAAAAUGAUGUCUGGGGUCAAAGCUGGCUUGGUGUCAGCUGACGUGCUGCGGAAAGAGCAGCAGGAGCUCAGGAAGCAGGAGAGAAGUAGCAAGCACUUGGAAGAGGAAUCCCGACACACAGAAACCAUCUUCCGUGACAAGUCAGGCCGCAAGAGGGACCUUGAGCAGGAACGGCUUGAACAGAAGCAGAAAGAUGCAGCAAAGUCAGAGCGAGAUGAACAAUAUGCCAGAUGGGGAAAGGGGUUAGCGCAGGGGAGGCAACAGCAGCAGAAUGUGGAAGAUGCAAUAAAAGAGAUGCAAAAGCCUUUGGCUCGUUACAUCGAUGAUGAGGAUCUGGAUCGAAUGCUGCGAGAACAAGAGAGGGAAGGAGACCCAAUGGCUGAGUUCAUCAAAAAAAGGAAAGCCAAAGAGAACAAGGAAAAAGAAAAACCUAAGUACAGUGGACCAGCACCUCCCCUCAACAGAUUUAAUAUAUGGCCUGGGCAUCGCUGGGAUGGGGUGGACAGGUCCAACGGAUUUGAGAAGCAGUUCUUUGCCAGGAUGGCCGACAAGAAGGCAGUUCAGGAGCUUGCAUACAAGUGGAGCAUUGAAGACAUGUAGAAAGAAGAAAUAACCAUGUGAGACAACAUGCCUGAAUUGAGAUUUGCUUGCUACCACUGCCAGAGCCAUAAGUAAUGGCUCCUCUGCCUGGAUCAAGCGCUGUCCUCAGCAUUCAGUAUCCUACAAAACGGCCAUCUCCUUGCAAGGAAAAACAUAAAGCUCCUGGGCAUCUGUGCUUCGCUUCUCCCUUCCCUGCAGGUCCAUCAGUAUGCAGUGCCCGUUACCUCGAUGAAGGACCCACGCUGCCUUUGUGCAGUCAAGGUUACCUCCACGCUGAGCUCUGCAGCAGCCUCGUGGUGCUCACACCCAGCUCACCGCCCGCUCUCCCUCCCGUGCCCAGCAGGACCUCUGCCACAUAUCUCUGCUUUCCUAACAGCCCUUGGAAGCCACACACCCAUCUGCCAGGUGGGUUUUUCAGCAGCAAAUCCUGCUCCAAAGAGACGGUUUGGGCGAAUGGGAAGUGGCAGGCAGACCCACUCGUGCAAUAGCACGGGCUGCCAGACACACCUGCUUCCAGCGCCGUAAUGAAGGCAAAUAUUUAGAGAAUGGCAGAGUCCAAAUUGCUCAGCGUUUCAGUCGGAAUCAACAGCCUUUCGGAGGCUGGGAUUAAUUUGAAGGAAUUUACUGGUGGAGUUGGUGGCAGAUAAAACAGUUUGCUUAUUUCACACUUGUAUGGCCACCUGCUACGAACUGUUUGUUCAGUUUCAAAUUCUUUAAUUAAAAUCAACAUAAAGCAGAUUGAAAA